AUGAAAAUGGCGGUGCAAGAUGGAGGGGGGAAAGAUGAGUUAAAAACACAGUUUAUAACGAGAGAAGGAACUUAUAGACUAAUGACUCUUUCCGAAUAUUCGCGGCCCAAUAGGGUCGGUUAUACAAACACUCAAGGUAGUGCGGCUGUUCGUGUGUCUUUCGUUACGUUACCAGAUCCCAGCGGCAAUGGUGAUAGAAUCUGUUUCAAUUUUGGUAGAGAACUGUAUGUUUAUGUUUAUAAAGGUGUUAAGAAGGCAGCUGAUCUUACCAAACCUGUUGAUAAAAAGAUGUACAAAGGAACGAAUCCAACUUGCCAUGAUUUCAACAUGGUUACCAUGACACCUGACAGUGUCUCUCUUGUCGUUGGAUUUUCAACGGGGCAAAUUCAACUCAUUGACCCAAUUAAAAAGGAAUUAAGUAAAUUAUAUAAUGAGGAGAGGUUAAUCGACAAAACAAAAGUGACAUGCAUCAGAUGGGUUCCUGGUUCAACAAACCUUUUCUUGGUGUCACAUAGUAGUGGACAGUUGUACCUCUACAAUGAGGAAUUGCCUUGUGGUACUGCACCGCCUCACUAUCAACCAUUUAAACAAGGCGAUGGGUUUGCCAUUCACACGUGCAAGACAAAGAGCACUCGAAAUCCUCUUUAUCGAUGGGUGAUUGGAUCAGAAGGUUGUUGCAUAAAUGAAUUUGCGUUUUCACCUUGCGGAGUGCAUCUCGCCAUUGUUUCUCAGGAUGGAUUCUUGCGUGUGUUUCAUUAUGAUACAAUGGAAUUAUUAGGCUCAGCCAGAAGCUAUUUUGGUGGCUUUUUGUGUGUUUGUUGGUCACCUGAUGGGAGAUAUGUUGUUGUAGGCGGUGAGGAUGAUUUAGUUACUGUGUGGAGUUUUCAGGAGAGGAGAGUUGUGGCUCGAGGACAAGGCCAUCGCAGCUGGGUUAGUGUUGUUGCUUUUGACCCAUAUACUACUUCAUAUAGUGAACCAGAUAGCACAGUAGACUUCAGUGGAGGUUCUGAUGAUGAAGGCCAACCCCAAAUUCAACAUAAUCAUUCUACUAAUCCCCUUCACAACUGCGCGAAUGCCGGUGGUGAUCGCAAUUCAGUGUCAAGAAAUCCUGCUCCAGGAACGGUAAAUCAAGCCUCAAACAGAAACUCUUCAGGUUCAGAGUUCAAUCGUAUGACUGCAGCGACAUGCUAUCGGUUAGGUUCUGUUGGUCAAGAUACACAGUUAUGUCUCUGGGAUAUUACAGAAGACGUGUUGAAACAACCAAUGUGCACAAAAUUGAGGACUAGUGGCAUAGGAGGUUCUGGAUCGUUCAGUGUGAAUGGAAGUGCUGCUGGAAAUGCUUACCAUAUGAACUCCACUGGUUCUGGCUGUACAUCGAGGUGUAAUAAUGUGCCAGCGUUCUUACAAACUAAUGUUCCUAACAAGGACAAAGAUUUUGUUGCUGAUGGAAAUGUGACAAAUCUUCAUGGAUCAAACUUGCACAAUAAUUCUUCUUCAGGAAGCAUAACCGGUCCAUCACUCACUCAGAGGCUAGCAGGACUUGGAUUUGGUGAUCGAAAAGAUGGAAGUGGUACUCACAAACGAAAUUUUAGCUUGGCAUCACGAGGGGGUAACGUGCCAAGUGACAAGAACAAUUCGUCAGCCCCUUGUCGAAGUGGUGUGGCAGCUCGUAGUUCCUCAGACGAUCCAAUGAGACUCAUUGGAACAGGAGCCUGUCCAAGAUUUGAUGAAUGCCCAGUGCUUGAGCCCCUCAUAUGCAAGAAAAUAGCUCAUGAGCGCCUUACAGCCCUUGUUUUUCGAGAAGAUUGCUUUGUUACGGCGUGUCAGGAUGGUUAUGUUUACACUUGGGCUAGGCCAGGCAAAAUGGGCCUGGCAUCCCAUAUCCCAUCAAGUCCCACCACAGUGACUGCGGCAGCAGUAGGCAGCGGUGUUGGGCCUGGCGGGACAGUGGUAUAGCAAGUCUCCCCCAGCCCCUGCGGCGCUGGGUUCUUCUUGUAUAGUUUACAAAUAUAUAAAGAGGCACUGAUGUAUGGGGCGAAUGUAGCAUUUCAAAACCUUGUGGCACGCCAGAUAAACUUGUCUACAUGACUGUUAUUUUGUUUUUAGUUUUUAUUGCAGUUGUGAGAUAGUGAGAUACAAACAAUGGGCAUGCAUCACAACAUUCACUUUUAUCCUCUGCAGAUUAACAACCUUAUCCAAAGUGUAUAUUUUGCUGUUCAGGGGAUUAUCUUGGCUCUAGUGCAGAACAGAAUUUUGUCAUGCCUUUGCCUCCUCCAUUUGCAGCACACACGCUGUGUUCUUGUGUAUGAUUUAUAUCUUGCACAUGCUCAUAGAGUAUAGAUUGUCUGUGUUAUUUGGUAAAGAAUUAGUAAUUCAAAAUAACUAAAUGCAUUAAAAUUUAACUCAUCUCCUGAAAAUAUUUGAAGUUUUUUUGCUAUUCCCAAUGAGCAUUUGUUUUCUUUUGGAAUUAUCUGUUUGCUCUACAAAUCCUGAUAUAUAUUCAUUUAAUGCCAUUAUGUUUUGUUUCUAGUUUUAUGAUUACUCAAUUGUUACCUGAGAAAGGAUUUGUACUUUAACAUAAAUUACACUACUUUAGACAGUCUGUAUUCUGCUCCUGCUUAAGUGCUGUAAUAGAUUGUCCAUGAACUUGUGCUUCUGAUAACAAAUCUUUUAUAAAAUUAGUACAUGCAGUUAGUGAUGUAAAGACUGGUUUUGAUAUGCGAAUUGGAAUCACGUCUCACUAGGACUCAGGUUUUAAAUGAGAAGAAAGUGUAGUGAAUAUGAAGCCAAAGUUGAAGUCUGUCCAGUGAUUAAAAUACUAUUUGUUCAUUACUGUGUUUAAAUUUAGUUGCCUUUAAAAGGUGUAAAGACUGUUCCUAACAGCAGUAUGACAAAAUGUCACUGUCUGUGUAUGUUGCUGAAUGUUUGAAGGCAUUGGAACUUGACUAAGACUUCUCUUCAGUGUGCACAGUGCAGUCCCCUUCUCAAGUGAUCCUAUUUGUCCAAAUAAAUCUAUAGAAGUUGCAAUGAAACAGUGAAUUCCAGUUAUCAGGUUUUGGAAGAGAAGUGCACAUUAUGUAAAUAGACAAUAAUACACCCUCACCUCUCUCAGCUAUCUAGCAACGAGUACUAGUAUCUCUAGGUAUGCUGCCUGAUUUUGCGUAUUCAUUUUCUCUCAACAUGAGUAGGUUGUCAGUUAUUGUAAACCUCGGAACUUGUUUCAUUUUCUGAAGCUAUGGUAGUUGGAAUGGGAAUUUACAUUGGCAGUUUUGAAAGUGGUGAUAAUGACAUUUUUGUAUUUGUUUAGUUUUAUUUAGAGAUUUGCUAUUGCAAAAGUACAGUGCAUAUGUAAGGAAGAGUGGUUGGGUGUUGGGCCUAAUAUGUUCCUGGCUGAAGGCACAUAGUCCCUGUGGUACUUCUUGCUGUGCAAUUACCACUUAGCCUUAUGAUAGUUAUGAAGAAUGUAUGACUAUAUUUGCAUUGUAAGAGGUGUGUUGUAUUUUGAUUUGCAGUUGAAGCAUGGAGCAUUCCAUUACUGUACAGAGCAAUGUCAGGUGCAGAUGUCUCAUUUGAGAACAUCCAAAAAUAAUGUAAAGCAUAUAAUGCAAAAAAAUUUCAUAUGAAUAUGUUUGUUAUGCUGCAGCUAUGUUUCAAGUUUGCAACUAGAAUACAGAAUAGUAAUCUCUAAACUUUUAAUGGGUAAUUGACAUGAUUAUAGUAUAAUUCACAAUUGAAAUUAAUAGUCGCAAUAUAAACUGCCCGUAAUGUGCUAAUAAUGUACCUAAUACAUUGAUGGUACUUAAUAUACCUGAUACAAAAUAUCUGAAAGUGAGAUGUGGACUGAACAUAACAUAGAUUCUUUUCACUUGUAAAGUUGUGAAUCUGUGACAUGAUUCUCUUUACUAAAUUACAGGAAGUUUACCUGUAGGCAAAUGCUUGGUAGCCUUAUUGAGACUUUUUCCUAUAUCAAAGGGAAAAGAAGUUUAAAACAUAUAUUUUGAAACGGUCUACCUCUUGAAUGCUCAUUAUUAUAGGGGGGUGGAGAAAGAAAGCAAUUGAAAUGCUUAAGUGACUGUCAUUCAAAUCAUGUACAUAAAACAAUAAACUGUGGUGUUGAAGCUCAAGAUAGGAGUUUGAAAAAUGUGAAAUCUGCAAUUUGUUAAUACUGUCAUGAAGAUGGUGCAUUUUUGUUGGCCUUGAUUUGUUGCAUUAUUCAAAUUGGGGGGGGGGGGGUGAAUGUUCAUCUUGCUUGUUGUAUUAUAUUUUUUUUACGAAGUUACAAAUAUGUUAUGUUCUAUCCAUAUUUUACUUCAGAAUCUUUUGUCCCAUUAAACCAGAAUAUUACUAGAAUUAUAAAUCAAGCUCCUUUAUCCAGCCUUCAUUCAAACAUUAUUGAUAAACAAAAUUGAUAUACGAAAGUAACACUUGACUAAAUAGGUAUAGCAGUUGCUGUAUGUGAAUUGUUAGGAAAAGAAAACCAUAUUUGAAGGAAAUUUGAUUUUUCUACUUCAGGUUUCUGCUGCACAUACAGUUUUACACUUGCAUUUGAAUAUUGUGAUACGGAGCCCUUCAAGUAACAAUAGUUUGUAUAUCUCAUAGUACCUUAAACUCAAUUUGCUUAUAAUAUAUAUAUACAUAUAUACUAAGUUUUUUAAUUGACAAUUGGAUUGAAAAAUAUUGUAUAAUCACAUGCAUUUAUUUGACAUUCCAUUUCUUCAAUUUGAUAUUGAUUUGCUUUUUUAGAUUAUUUCAUUUCUCAAAACUUCAAUGCUGGAAUCCAGUUGUGUAGGUUUUGUAGGGACACGUGCUAUACACUUUAAGCAUAAGAGAUUCACUUGCCUUUGAAUUAAAAGGAAAUGAUACUUUUCAACCUUUGAUUUGUUUAAUUUUUAGUAUCAAAUAUGUAUGCUUAGGAUUAUAUUCCAGUAAUCAAAGGUAAUUUUCAAUAAUUUAUUGGGGAAAGAUAGAGACUGCUUCUGUAUAAAUGAAGAUCAAGAAAUGUAUCAUAUUAAAUAACAAGAAACUUUUUUAAAUUAUGACUACAUUAAUGAAUGACUACUAGUAUAUUCUGUAAGGGCAUCAAGAAAUAUUUCUAUUGCUGUUUUUAUUUUUUGUUGAAAGUAGAAAAUUUUAUUAGUCGACUUGAAGUCAGGCAUAUUGUUUCUGUUUCAAGUGGCAAUAAUUAUGAAUUCAGUUUCAUUGUGUAUAAGUUGAAAUACAAUUUGUGUGUGAAAUUGUGUUCUAGUCAUGUUUGAUUACAUUGUAUAAUUAAUCAAUGGAUUAUUUAAUCUCUGAACAUAUUAAUGCAUGUAAUAUUCUCAGGAGUAUUAUGUUUAGAAUAAUUGCAGCUGUUCAGUUUGAAUCUGAGUUAACAAAUUGUGUAUUUUAUUUUUAAACAACAUGUAGUUCCAAAAACAAUUCAAACAGUAAUAAUCUAAUAUGUAUAAGUUGUAAAUGGUAGUAAUAUUGCAGUUUUGCAGGCGGCAAAAAAUAUAUACUUUGACAAAGUAUGCAUAUUACAUGUUAUUGACAAAUUCAUUGGGUUUGUUAAUUUUUAUGUUUUUGAAACACUAUGUGGUUUGAUCUGUAUUGCUGUGUAUGGUUUUUUUAAUAGUUUUUCACAACACAGAUGUAUUGCUCUAUCCAGAGACAAAAAUAUGCUUCCUCAAUUAAUGUUUGGUUUGCAUUUAAUGAAAAUUUUCGUGGUUUAAGCAGAUCCUUCUUUAAAAUGUCAUAGUUUUAAUGAUAUGGCCAGAACUGUGCAGCAUGUCCCUUAUAAAAGGACUGAAAAGGUCCUCACUUAUCCAGUAUGAAGGAAUAGAAAUUACACGUUACAAUGAGCUCAUGCUUUACUGCUUGUUCUUGUUAUUAAAUGUUAUGAUUUUAAACUCAAAACCUCAUGGUAUCUUUUGAAGGUAAAGUUUUAGCCAAGGUUAAACUUAUAUUGCUGAGAUGUAUGUAUCUCUUUUGCUUCAGAAAAUCCAUUUUGAAUUCUUAUGCACAAAAUUUCAUUUGUCUUCAUGUGUUGUGCACUACAAGCUUGGUGGUUGUGCUCCAAUUUUACUCAAUUCUCGUUUUCCUUAUUUAUGAUGAAAUUGUAAGCAAUGCAAAUUUUAUUUGUGGUGCAAUUACUUGUGUAAGGAAAGGAGUUGUUGAGUAAAUGUUAGAAUCACUGUUGGGGAAAUACUUGCUCAAGGAAGUGAACAUAUUUUAUGGGAUUUUUCAUUUACAUGUUAUUUAUUCGUCUGGAUGAUUCUUUUUCUUGUUCUGUGGUAUCUCAUGUUUGUGUUGGAAAAUGGUUGCAUCGGCUAUUGCUAGACUGUGUUCUUGUGGAAAGUUGAUGGGAAUAUUGUGCAACAGGUGCAUACUCGGGUUACAAGCAACGUAACUGGGUAAAAGCCUCUAAAAGUGCACGCUGAAGUUGUUUAGUGGGUAGGUAGUACCUGUGCUAGGAUUAGACCAGGCUGUGAGAGGGAUGAGAUAUAAAAGUUUUUAGUUCUUUUUCCCCCCAGUUUCAGAACAUAGCAUGAAUGUAUGAUGAUACAGACUGACCCAUUUUCCCUCCAGCGUUUUUGACUGAGGUAGUAUAUGUGUUAACCAGGAACACAUUGGUUUCUGCGUGACAAUGGCUCCGCCAAGCAGUGCUCAGAUCGAAAGUGGAUGAAGUGUAGUGGGUUUGAUGUGAAAAAUGAACUUGUGGUAUUUCUAUUUUGGUACAUUUGUUGUGUAUUGAUGCUGUAUGAAUUCUGAAAUCGGUGAUAAGUUUAGAUCAUUUAUGUUUACGUAGAUGUAUAAAGUUGUGGCCACAGCCUCUUGAGAGGAUUCUAUCAUUGCCAUAGGUUGAAAUAUCUGUGAUGGAAAUAUAAAGGGGGGGGGGGGUCAGUCUAUUGUGAAAAAACAAUGUAUGUGUGCGAAUUAAUAUUGUUAUGUUUCAAAUUUCACUUAAUUUGCUCAUUGUACACAAUAUAUUUAUUAUAUUGCAUGGUUGUUUAUUUGAAGUAUCCAACAUUGGUCAAAUUUGUAUUUAUAUUAUUAUUAUUAUUAUUAUUAUUAUUAUUAUUAUUA